GAGACGCGCCGCGCGCUGGAGAAUAACGUCCCAUUCAUCUUUUUAAGUUCUACCGGAGAAGGACUGCAAGAUGCUGCUGCUGACUUUACUGCUAUGCUUCAGCCCGAGUGUACUCGGACAACUGGAGGAAUCCCAGCUUGGAGAUGACAUUGAUUCCGAGCUCGUAGACUUUGAAUUAGACAUUGCACCACGCAGAGUCCCACGACAGGUGAAAACUAUACUCAGCAAGGAGACCAAGCCUCACAUCCAGGAGCUCUCCAUCAAGACCACCAUCAUCUCCCGCUACGCCUUCACCGCGGUGCACUGCGCCAUGCUCAACCGGCACUCCGCCGCUGCAGAGGGCGUCUUCCAGUUCCAGAUCCCCGCUGGUGCCUACGUCUCCAACUUCACCAUGAUCAUUGGAGGGCGUGUCUACCAGAGCGAGGUCAUGCCGAAGGCAAAGAGGGUCAAGCAGGACAACGGCAAGGCCCGGAACAAAGAGUCAGGUGAUGCAAGUCCCGAGGAGGUCGAGGUGUUCAGGAUGGCGGCCAGCAUCCCGGGUCGGAACCGUGCCGUGUUUCUGCUGACCUAUGAGGAGCUCCUGCAGCGGCGGCUGGGACGCUACGAGCUCGUGACCAGCCUGCGGCCGCUGCAGCUGGUCAGCCGCCUCAGCAUAGACGUCACCAUCGUGGACCACUCGCCCGUCACGGACCUCCAGGUGCUGCCGCUCCGCAACGGCUGGAGCACCAACACCGCUAACGGGCCCAACGCACCCAAGACUCCAGCCAAGACCGAGCCUCCCGUCACCACCGCGAUCAAAAUCGAAAAGAACGUCUGCAGGAUCACCUUCAGCCCCAACAUCGUCCAGCAGGCCAAGAUCACCACCAACGGCAUCCUGGGAGACUUUGUGAUCCGCUACGACGUGCAGAGAGACAUGGGGAUCGGAGACAUUCAGGUUUUAAACGGCCAUUUCGUGCACUACUUUGCUCCUAAAGACCUGCCAGUUGUGCCCAAGAACGUGGUGUUUGUGAUCGACACCAGCGCCUCCAUGUUGGGGACGAAGAUCAGACAGACUAAAGACGCUCUGUUCACCAUUCUGAGGGAUCUGCGACCCGGCGAUCGCUUUAACUUCAUCAGCUUCUCCAACAGGAUCAAAGUUUGGCAGCCGAAUCGCCUCGUACCGGUGACGCCCCUUAACAUCAGAGACGCCAAGAAGUUUAUUUACAUGCUGAUGCCCACUGGAGGUACAAAUAUCGAUGGUGCCAUCCGGACCGGCUCCACUCUGCUCGGUGAUUACCUCUUGAGCCCCGACGCCAGCCCGAACAGCGUCUCCCUCAUUAUAUUCCUGACGGACGGACGGCCCACGGUCGGGGAGAUCCGGUCCACCGCGAUCCUCGGGAACACCCGCUCAGCCGUGCAAGAGAAGUUCUGCAUCUUCACCAUCGGGCUUGGGAACGACGUGGAUUACCGGCUGCUGGAGCGCAUGGCUCUGGAAAACUGUGGGAUGAUGAGACGCAUCCACGAGGACGCCGACGCCAGCGCUAUGCUCAAAGGGUUCUACGAUGAGAUAGGAACUCCUCUGCUGUCGGACAUACGGAUCAACUACACCGAGGACUCCGUCCAGUACGUCACCCAGCAUCUGUUCACCAACUACUUCAACGGCUCUGAGAUCGUCAUCGCCGGCAAGCUGUCCAACAACAGCGCAGAAUCUCUCCACGUCCAGGUGACGGCCAGCAACAACGACAAGAGCAUUGUCCUGGAGACCGACGUCCCGCUGCGGCACCGACAGACGGAGACUGAGAAACACGUGAAGGCAGCCACGGCGGCGAUGGCGGCCGGAGCUAAGACUCCAGGGUCAGGGGUCGCACAGGGAUUAGGAGUCGCUUUGAGUUUGAUAGCGGACGACUUUGUGGAACGCCUGUGGGGUUUCCUGAGCGUCAAGGAUGGGCUACGAUCGCGGCUGCGCAGCCAAACCAGCAGGGAGAGGGAGGACCACAUCCAGCAGGCCACCAAUCUGUCUCUGACCUACCACUUCCUCACCCCGCUCACCAACCUGGUGGUGGAGAAGCCCGAGGUCCUGGCUGACGGCACCAUGGCUCCGGCGCCCACCACCCCCCCAUCGGCUGGCGUCGCUGUGUCAACUGCCAAUGAGCUGCCAGAUGACGCAGAGGACGGAAAGCCACAGAAAUCCAACGGGGCGCCAGGAAGCCAGACUUCCUCUCUGAGCAACAUGAUUGGUAAAGUUGAGAGACGACCAGCCAAGAAAUCCAUCACCUUCUCCAAAACAUCAGCGGAUGGUGACCCCCACUUUGUGGUGGAGUUCCCGCUCAGUAAACUGACCGUGUGCUUCAACAUCAACGGUGAGCCUGGACACAUCCUGCGCUUGGUGUCCGACCACAAGUACUCUGGUGUGACAGUAAACGGUAAGCUAAUCGGCGCCGCGGCUCCGCCCGGUAGCCACAAGCAGCAGCGGACCUACUUCAGCACCAUCACCAUCGUGGUGGAUCAGCCCAGACGCGCUUACAUCGAGGUGACGCCUAAGAAAGUCAUCCUGGACGGGCGGGACAGAAUGGUGCUGCCCUGCCACUCCACGGUCGCCGUCGACAGCGGCGCUCUGUCGGUGUCCGUCGCGGGAAAGUCCAACGUGACCGUGACGGUCGGAGGGAACAUCGUGUUUGUGAUCCUGCUGCAUCAGUACAAGAAUCCGGCCCCCUACCAGAGAGACCACCUGGGGUUCUACAUCGGUAACAGCAAGGGGCUGUCGCACAACUGCCACGGCCUGCUGGGUCAGUUCCUGUAUGAGGAAGUGGGACUGGCAGAGCUUCCGGCACAAGGAGACAUGAAGCCGUCGUCCGUGCUGAAGGUGAAGGAGCGCUCGGUGCCGGUGGUUCAGAAGAGCAGGAGGAUCUACAGCGGGACUCAGAGCGUGGACUGCUGGUUCGCCCGCAACAACGCAGCCAAGCUGAUAGACGGACAGUACGAGGACUAUUUGACGUCGCACAUGUUCGACACAGGGGACCGGCCACACGGGACCAACCGAGUGUGAUCCCACGAACUGAAGCAUUUAUGGGACUCAUUGUACUCUGCAUCCAUAUCACGUCCCAGCAGACGUUUCCAAAAGACAAAACUUCACAUUUCAGUUUUCUUUCGCUCUCUUUUGAAUAUAUUUUUGUAUCAUUUCUAAUGAAAAUUAA